CAAAGACCCAGCAUGGCCAAAAGUUGCCAGAGUCUUCAGCUUAAAGGGCUCGAUAAUGAAACUGAAGCGAGGAUCGUUUCUGUGGUACCUUUACCUGGACAAGCUGUAUUGCUUAUUAUCCGUGAGAAAUGUGAAGGCCUUGGUGGAGUAUUUUCACCUUCUUGACGUGCACCGCAAGAAAACCUUGAAUGAUGUGCUGUUUUACCACUUCCUUCAUCAUGUGACUGACUUGAAACGGAACCAGAUCACAAUUGUGUUCAACAUGCUGGACUGGAAUGCGGUGGGCGAGAUUGGUUUUGACCAGUUCUACAUGCUGGUGUGCAUACUGCUGGCACAAGAGAACCAUUUGGAAGAGCAAUUUAUCUUCCGCCAUUCCCGGCCUGUUUUUGAGUUGCUUGACCUGGAUGGGGAGCUGAAAAUUGGCCCAGACAACUUGCACAUGUACAACUUUCUCUUUAAUAUUAAAAAAGAGCAACUUAGAGACCUCUACUAUAACUUCGACAUCACAGGUGACCGCCUUCUUAAUUACAAGGAAUUUAAGCUGUUUACUAUCUUCUCCAUGGACAAAUAUCAGGAGAGUCAGAAAGCAGAGAAAGAGAAGAAGAAUGAGAAAGCUUUACUCCAAAAGAAAGUGGCACAAGUUAACGAGAGCCAGAGAGAGAGUCUUCUUGGAACAAAACAGUUUGAAAGUAUAAGUAAUUACAACUGUUAACAUGUCUUAAAAAUAAAUUUAGAACA